UGACACUGAUCAGAAAAACUUGAAAUUAAAAGAUAUAUCAGAAAUGUGAAGCUUUCCCCUCUGUCUUAUUUGGCAAAUGGCAUACAAAUGAAAUAGAAGUAGGGACAACAUACAGGAAGUGAAACAUUAAUCUAGAAAUUAGGUAAAGGUAUUUCUUUUUUAUUCAUGUUCAGUCAUUUUCCAUUUGUCUGAUGCACACAAUUCAAACAGCGCACAAAAGUCUUAUAGGGUGAAACAUUUCAAGCAUCUUUGUUAUCAAGAUGUGUAAAAAGUGAUAUCGUAUCAAUCCUUACCAUCUGGAAAAAGGCAGUUAAUGAUCUUUUGAGGUCCAUGUUUGCUGAUAACAUCACUUUCUAUAAAUAUGUAGUGUAGAUUUGGAGUAGCAGAUAAGGUAAAAACAUGUUUAACCUUUCGAAGCAUUGACACACAUUGGCACCUAAUUCAUUUUCUGUUCAAAAGGUUGUGUAAAUGUCACAGUGGUCAAAGCCUCACUCAGAUUCUUCUCAGGCUUUCCUGAUGGCAUCCAAUAUCACCACCACCAUCUCCCAGCAGUCCUCCUCUUCGUCUGUUCCUCUGUCCAUCAACCACAUGGUCGGCAUCGCCAUCUUGACCCUGGCCUUUGUGCUGGGCUUCCCUGGGAACCUGUUUGUUGUUUGGACAGUGUUGUGCCGGGUGAAGAAUCGCUCAGUGACCUGUUUGCUGGUGCUGAAUCUGAGUAUGGCGGAUGCUUUCUUGCUGCUCAGCGCCCCUUUUUUCCUGCGCUACCUGGCUGGAGGACGAGGCUGGGAGUUUGGCUCGGCAGCAUGCAAGCUGGUGCAUUACCUAUCGAGUGUGAACAUGUACGCGUCCAUCUACCUCAUCUGCCUGAUGAGCAUGGACCGGUGGCUGGCCGUGUCCAGGCCGUUUCUGUUCCAGACAAUGAGAACCAAGCGCUCCCUCCUGAUUCUUCUGCUUGUUGUCUGGGUGUUAGCGUUGCUCCUGUCAGUCCCGAUGCCUUUCUACCGCAGACUGGAUAUGAGGAGUACUUUACCAAACAAUAUCACUUUGAGCUUCUGCGUGCCGUACCACUGGAAGAGCAAGAGUCACCGGGUCUUCCAGUACCUGUUUGAAACCAUCGUGGGCUUCCUGCUGCCUUUCUCCCUCAUCAACACCUGUAACUCCUCCGUCAUCUGUCGUCUGCAGAGUGCCAAGUUCCAGGGCCGAGCACAAGGCAGCCGUCUCAUCCUGAUGGUCAUCUGUACCUUUGCAGUAUUCUGGCUGCCGUAUCACAUCGUCAACAUCAUAGAGGUGGUGGGCCUUUUGCAGGACAGUAAAUCCACUGUUACAGCCGCCCUUGCAGCCCGUCCAAAUGUCACGGCAUUCGCUUACUUCAGCAGUGCGGUCAAUCCCAUUGUGUACGUGUUUGCUAGCAGCUCCCACAUUCGCCAGGUCGGCUUCAGCUUCAUGGGCAAGCUCUUCGAGGACACCAGCUCGGAGAAUAGGACCACGUCUACCUUCACCCGGACCGACACAUUAACCGCGGAUGCUCUAUACCGGAAUGAGCGCGCCGCCCUGAACACCCUGUCGAUGAAACUGGGGAGGCUGUUCAAAAGCAAGGAAAAGGACAUGAGUGGUGGGGUGGCGGGAAAAGAGGCGGACGAGCUUGAACUCAGGACACUGGCCAUCCAACUAAACUGAUUACACUGUGUUGACUCAUGAGUUGAAUUGUAAGAGAUAUUUCUUACAUAACUUUUAUAUCAAGAAAUAUUCAAACAACUAUUGUAUGUAUUUCCUUGUAAGCACUAUCAUAUCAUCAUUUCAUUUCAUUUAUUCGUUUAUCUAAAGAGGGACAAUGCACAUUGAUGAACAUCUUUAACAAUUAAUGCUUCAAAAUGUAAAUAUGCCGGAUUUUAGCAUUUAGCUAAUUUCCAUCCGUAGUCCCUCACAUACAACAUUUAAGAAGAUGACAUUUAUAUACAUAGCAACAAUAAAUACAUGAUAUGCAGAAAGAGCAUGAGCAGCAUAUACAAGCAUUAACCACAUGGUAGUACAAUGUAGCAGCUACGACGUAUAAAGUGCAAGAGAAGAUAAAAGAGCUACCUAACGUGCAAAAGGAGAUACCCCUGUAUUAAAGUGCAUUUAGCGGUGAUUGCA